AUGGCCGAUCAAUUUGUUGAUGCGGUUGUUGUUUUCGGAGGGCCCAAAUGGAAUAGAGUUCUUCGGAUCCUGCCUGUUGCCGAAAUGCGCAAGAUGGACGAUGGCGAAUCACGCCAUCCUUUGUUCUUCUGGAGACUUGGUAAUGGAACUGAAUUCUUUUGCAAGUGCACUACUAGCUUGGAGUUUCAACGGUGGGGCAACUCUACGAAAUAUCGAUUCAAAGCCUCUGGGCAUCUAACUGAGGACGGCAAACCAAUUGGCAAAGCUUCUAGCUGGGAUGUCAACCUUAGCUCUCGGGCCACUUGGGCGACAGAAGUUAACAAAAUGAAGGGCUCCACAUCUUCCGUUCGAGUGGUGGGAAUCAACUUGAGCUAUUCUGAAGGAGAGCGACGUGACAAUGAUGUUGUUAGAGUCGAGGCUGUCGUGCCUGUCACCUCCGACGUUGACAAAGGCAAGGUCCUAAAGAAGUGUGUUGAUUGGGGCAAGACUGUUGUUGAUGGCAACAUUCAAUAUCGAGAGCUCGUUCAAGAGCUGCCCAUCGAUCAUGAAAUCAAAUCCAGCAUCUAA